GUCCUGACGUCAUUUCCCAGCUUCCGGGCUGUUAGCAUUGGCCAGGAGACGCUCAAUUUUAGAAUUUCCCUUAAUUUUACGUACGUUUCAUAACAGACGGGCAGUUCUGAUUUAAUAGCAAGCGCAUCCUGCUAAUAGAAUAUAUCAGCAUAAUGUCAGAUUACUGGUUACAGGGAUAAGGACACGCAAAUCAACGCCGGCCGGCAACGACGCAGGCGGCUGAGAAAAGAGUUCUGGUUGAAAUCCACCGCCUGCGACCUUCAGCCACAGCGGUCGGAGCACUGAGCCAUCGGUGAGAUCACUGCAGGUCUGCUCGGAUUCUUCUCCGGCACCGCCGUCUUCCCCCAAAACAUGAAGUUGAAGGAGGACGUGAACCCCGUGCUGCUGCAGGUCUUCCGCUCCGUCGUCUGGGUGUACUCGGUCAUCACCUUCAUACCCUGGUACUUCUUCUCGGGAGCCGGUGGCAACUUGGAACGAGCUCGCCGCAUCAAGGCCAGCUCCAUUAGCGGACACCCGGCGGGGCCUUACAGGGCCGUCAACAGCCAGGAGAAGCUGUCGGCGUGGCUGCACCCCAGCGUGGACUCCCUGGACAAAAUAUUUGAAUACGCCGCAAGUCGGUUUCCAAAGAGAGACUGUCUGGGAACGAGGGAGGUGCUGAGUGAGGAGGACGAGCUCCAGCCCAACGGCAAGGUCUUCAAGAAGGUGAUACUCGGAAACUACAACUGGCUGUCAUACGAGGAAACCUACGAGGCGUCAAAGAGUUUCGGCAGCGGCCUGGCGGCGCUCGGCCAGAGGCCCAAGUGCAACAUCGCCAUCUUCUGUGAGACCAGAGCGGAGUGGGUGGUAGCGGCGCAAGCCUGCUUCAUGUACAACUUUCCACUUGUGACCCUGUACUCCACCCUCGGACCCACGGCCAUCGCCCACGGCCUGAACGAGACGGAGAUCACGCACAUCAUCACGAGCAAAGACCUGCUCCAGAGCCGCCUCAAGGCGAUAGUGUGCGACGUGCCGAGACUGCAAUAUAUCAUUUUAGUCGACAGUAAACUGACGAGCUGUCCAAGCGUUCCCAGAGGCAUCAUGGUCUACAACAUGGAUGCUGUGAAGGCGAUGGGAUCCAGGCCCGACAGCAUGGCGGUAGACCGCAGAAAGCCAGAGUCCUCGGACAUCGCGGUCAUCAUGUACACCAGCGGCUCCACGGGGAUCCCCAAGGGCGUCAUGAUCUCCCACGGCAACAUCAUUGCCGGCAUCACUGGCAUGGCGGAGCGACUCCCAAAUCUCAAUGAAACAGACACAUAUAUCGGCUACCUGCCGUUGGCGCACGUUUUGGAGCUGAGCGCGGAACUUGUGUGCAUCUCUCACGGCUGUCGCAUCGGCUACUCCUCCCCCCAGACUCUAGCCGACCAGUCUACCAAGAUAAAGAAGGGCAGUAAAGGGGAUACCAGUGUGCUGAAACCUACUCUCAUGGCUGCUGUACCAGAGAUCAUGGAUCGAAUCUACAAGAAUGUGAUGACCAAAGUAGAGGAGAUGAGCAAACUCCAGAAGACGCUCUUUGUGCUGGCUUACAACUACAAGAUGGAGCAGAUCUCCAAAGGCUACAGCACGCCGCUGUGUGACAGUCUGGUGUUCAAGCGGGUGCGCGCGCUCCUCGGGGGGAACAUGCGGGUGCUGCUCUCGGGUGGAGCGCCGCUCUCGGCCGCCACGCAGCACUUCAUGAACAUCUGCCUGUGCUGCCCCGUGGGGCAGGGCUACGGCCUGACGGAGACCUGUGGAGCCGGCACCAUCAGUGAGAUUUGGGACUACAGCACAGGGCGGGUCGGUGCUCCACUCAUUUGCUCCGAGAUUACGCUGAAGGACUGGGAGGAGGGUGGAUACUACAGCACGGACAAGCCCAACCCACGGGGGGAAAUUGUGAUCGGCGGCCCGAAUGUAACGAUGGGUUACUACAAGAAGGAGUCCCGGAACCGCGAGGACUUUUACGUGGACGAGCACGGCCAGAGAUGGUUCUGCACCGGGGACAUCGGGGAGAUCCACUCUGACGGAUGCCUUAAGAUCAUCGAUCGCAAGAAGGACCUGGUGAAAUUGCAGGCAGGCGAGUAUGUCUCUCUUGGAAAAGUGGAAGCUGUCUUGAAGAACUGCUCACUCAUAGACAACAUCUGUGCGUAUGCCAACAGUGACCAGUCGUACGUGAUAAGCUUCGUGGUGCCCAACCACAAGCAGCUGAUGGUGCUGGCGGAGCAGAUGCAGCUGAAGGGCACACGGGAGGAGAUCUGCAACAACGCCCAGAUGGAGAAAGAGGUCCUGCGCAUCAUCACGGAGGCGGCCGUCUCAGCGAAAAUGGAGCGAUUUGAGAUCCCCAAGAAGAUCCGACUGAGCGCCGAGCCCUGGACGCCAGAGACCGGGCUGGUCACUGACGCAUUCAAACUGAAACGCAAGGAGCUCAAAUCGCACUACCAAGACGACAUAGAGCGGAUGUACGGAGGAAAAUAACGCACCCGAAUACACUCCAGGCAACAUGUAUAUAUCCCUGCGCAACAUACAGAAGGAGCCACUAUACUUACAAAUUACUACAGACACAUAGGAGCAUCUCAUGCACCUCCGCUUCCCUAACACCAGCUUCGAUCCAAAGAGGGGGGCGGCCUCUUUUGACCACGGGGGUGUCGCACAAAGUAAACUUUCACAUGACUCGAAGUGAAGCAAAUGUCUGAUGCAGAUAUACAUCAAGCCUAUGUCAACGUCCCCCCUUUGCCCGCUCCCCCCAUUUGUUUUGGAGUCUUCCUUCAGUUCAGAUGGUCGCGUACGUGUAGUGGCAGGUAGCUGGCAGGGAAAUGGGCUUGCAUGGUCCCGAUGGACGUGUCCCUCUGUGCUUUAAGUGGGUGUUAGGUUGUAAUCAAUGCAGGGAUAUUUUCUUUCUUUCUUUCUCCUUCCAUGUUUUCUUCAGGUUUGGUUUGUCAGCUUUGAAACCAUUUGAGUGUUUUUGUGUGUGAAGAUCAGUGUUGCAAAGCCAUGAGAGAUUGAGCAUCAAGAUGUUUUUUUAAUGACAUUUUCCAAUGUUAUUUUAUGUUUUAACAUUCUGAGUCUUUCAUUUCCUGUUUUUUUUUAUUGCCAAUUUGUUUAUGCUAAUUUACUUUAAGCUUUUUAUUGUCUUUUCGUGUCCCAAAGUUUCUUCAUUUUAUUGUUUCCAUCCCUGCUCCCGCCCCCCUUGUCGCCCACUACUCCCGGAUGCGUCCUGACUUGUGUCUCAUGAUUACUGGUUGGUUCACUGACGAACCGUAGCCCUGCUGCGUAUUCCUCCUGUCGUGACCAAUAUCCUGUAUGGACGUCUACAAAGGAACUUUUCCCACCUUGUUACACUAGUUUGCCCAGUUACAUUUUGGCGCAACUGUACAUGUUUUACUUUUUUUUUUGCGCCAUAUGUCUACUUACUGUUACUUUUGUCUUUUUUUUAUACUUAUGAGUAUGAACUACAAAAUGAAUGUGCAAUAUUUAUACACAAAUUUUAAGUAUGUAAGAAGGAAAAGAAACUGGCCUAUAGCGAUGCCUCCGUAGUGUUGAAUGUUUAGGCCUUUUGCCCAAUAGGCACGGGAUUAACGAAGAGGGUGGUAGAGAGACACUGAUGCAGCCCGUGUGAACAUGCUGUGCUUAACAAUGUAAAGUCCUUAAAUAUUAUGCUUUUUAAUAAGACCGUAAAGUAGAGAAAAAAUACUUGACAUUGAAGAAAUUGAUGCAUGAUAAAAAAAGAACAUAACGCCUAGUUAUUAUACAUGUGUGUGAGAGGGAAAUAAGGGGAUCACACUCCAGUCGAGACAACUGAGGACAUUCCUUAUAAAUCGGCUCCCUAUUGACCUGUUUGUGUUUAACGUAUAUUCACCGGACCUCGUAAAGAGAAGAUAACACUUCAUUUGGUUUUGCUGUAUGAUAAUGUAUGUGCUAUGUAUAUAAAAGGGUGAACUGCCAUUCAUUUGAUCCCCCAUAUAACACACACAUUAAUUACUGUCUUUAAAAAAAAAUCAGUGGCGAUAUUCUGUUCAGUUAAUGAGCAGAUUAUUCUUAUUAAUUUUUUGGGCAGUGGUCUCCCACUGAAGACCCUUAGCAAUAAUAAAAAUACAAUCAGGUACUCUAACUUUUCCUCUAGCCAGAUGUCUACUAUCUCAAUGGGGUCACUUUAGCAUUAAUAAUUGACAGUAUCAUAUUGCCAUUCUUACCUCUUUUUCUUUUUUUAAUCGAGUUUCUUUUUCCUGACAUUUCAGUGGAAAGCAGCGUGCUGCUUUUCAUCUUUCUCACUAGAGGUGGCAAGUUGCCUCUGAACGCACACACAGGCUGUCUUCAGAGGUCCUAAGAAUGGGAAGAACUCCCCGUGUUUUGAUGGCACACAAGGGCGUGCACCGCUACAUCCAUUUUUAACCAACGGCGAGACAAAGAGUGGGUGGUGCAAAGACCACUUGUGUUGUUCUCCCUCGCUCGAAAACAGACUGAGAUGGGAGUUGAUCAAUGAUUCAAGUUCAUUCAAACUACCAAUAUAUUGUACAGGUGUGUACAAGUCUCCUGUUGAUAUAUUUAAUGACCUCUGUUUAGGACGAGUUUUUGGGGUCUCCUUGUUUUGUGUGGUCAAUGGGUCCCGGCUGCCGGGCUAUUGCAAGUGUUUACUUCCUUAUUUAUUCGUGAGUUGGCCUUGACAAUUCUGAAAUAAAUCCAAUAAAGAACGGUGUUGUAAUUAC